AUGACAUCCAAGCCACCUUUGAGUAACCGCAAGAUACUCAAGUUGACAGAUCAGGAAUUUCAAAAAAGAAAAGAUAAAGGAUUAUGCUAUUACUACAAUGAAAAAUUCACUCUAGGGCAUCGCUGGAAAAAGGAGUUGGAUAUUAUUGUUGUGGAUGAAGACCAGAAGAGUGCAGAAGAUGAUAGCACCAAUGAAGGGUGGGAACUAUUUGAUCAGAUUAUAUCCAACAUGGAUGAGAAGGCUUUUACUGCACACAUGUCCUUAAAUUCAGUCAUGAGAAUUAUUCAGCAAGGGACUAUGAAAUUCUGGGGCAAAAUUCAUGACACCAAGGUGUCAAUAUCAUUGAUAGUGGGGCAACUCACAAUUUCUUGUACACCAAAAUAAUUGAUAACUUAUCCUUACAAAUGGAGAAGCUAAAUGGCUACAGCAUAGUUAUGAGCAACGGCAACAUAGUGGCAGGUGCAGCAAUUUGCAAGGCUAUUCUUCUCCAUGUGCAAGGUGUUUUGAUAGUACAAUAUUCCUUACCACUAAAAUUGAGUGACACGGAUGUGAUCCUAGGCAUACAGUGGUUGAAAACUUGGGGGUGGAUCCUUUCCAACUAUGAUAAGUUCAUAAUGAGGUUCAUGAUAGGAGGCAAAAUUCACAUCUUCAAAGAAGACCCUAGUAUUAUCAAAAUCAAUACAUCACCAAGAAAAGUAAAGAAGGAACUUAAGAGUAGGAAGGCAUAUGUGGUUGAAUUGCAUCACAUUCACUCACAUAGAGACCCUAAUGCACCCAACGAUUUAGAAAUCAGUCUAAAACAAGAAUUUCUAAAGGUUUUUGAAGUAGUGAUAGGAAUGUCACUCAAGCGCCCUGUUGACUAUGCCAUUCAUCUAUUACCAGGAACAAAACCUAUUAACUUGAGGCCUUAUAAAUACUCUCAUUUUUAGAAAAAUAAAAUUGAGACACUCGUCCAAGAACUCAUAUCAACAGAAGUCAUACAACCUUCACAUAGUCCUUAUGUGAGCCCUGCAUUAUUAGUCAAGAAAAAAAAUGGCGGAUAGAGAUUUUGUACAGAUUAUAGAGCAUUGAACCGAGCUACAAUUCCUGACCAAUACCCCAUUCUAGUUGUAGAUGAGCUGCUAGAUGAAUUAUCUGGGAAAUCAGUUUUUUCAAAACUUGAUUUAAAGUCAGGAUAUUAUCAAAUCAAAAUGAAAAAGAAAGAUGUACCUAAGACUGUAUUCAAGACUCAUCAUGGCCAUUAUGAAUUUAAAGUCAUGCCUUGCGAAUUGUCAAAUGCACCAGCAACCUUUCAAUCACUAAUGAACCAAAUAUUUCAACAUCAAUUGAGGUGAUUCGUACUGGUUUUCUUUGAUGAUAUACUUGUGUACAGCGUCACUGCUGCUGAACACUAGCAUCAUAUGAGGACGGUAUUUUUCAUUCUCCAGCAAAUUCUCUUCAAAUUAAUGUCAAGAAAUGCAGAUUUAGAGAAAGUAAACUAGAGUAUUUGGGCCACUAGGUGUCGGCAGAAGGAGUAGAAGUCAAUAAGGGGAAGAUAUCUGCCAUGACUAAUUGGCCAAUUCCUAAAAAUCUUAAGGAACUCUGUGGGUUCCUAAGGCUCACUAGAAUUAUAGAAAAUUUAUAGCCAACUAUGCUUUAAUUGCGUGGCCACUAACACAAUUAUUAAGAAAAGAUGUAUUCUAUUGGUCAAGAGAAGCACAAGCAGCUUUUUCUACCCUUAAACAAGUAAUGACUAUGGCUCCGAUAUUAGCAUUACCAAUUUUUUCAUAAGAAUUUAUUGUGAAAACUGACGCUUUUAGAUCAAGUGUUGGGGCCAUUCUCAUAUAACAAGGGCGCCCAAUAGCUUAUUUCAGUCAAACACUUUCAAUGAGAGCCAAAUUGAAAUCAGCCUAUGAAUGGGAGUUGAUGGCUCUAAUGUUGGUAGUAAGAAAAUAGAGACAUUAUCUUAUGUAUCAACAUUUUAUCAUCAAAAUAGAUCAGUACAGUCUUAAAUUCUUACUUGAAUAGAAGGAAAUCCAUGUUGAAUAUCAUAAAUGGUUGGUGAAAUUGAUGGGCUAUAGUUUUGAAAUUAAAUAUAAUGAAGGGAAAAACAAUUAGGCCGCAUAUGCAUUAUCCCGAUGUCCAUUAUUACUGCAGGCUGAACUAAAUGAGCCAAUAGCACAUCACUGCAUUGAUCUCGAAGCUGUCUGACUAAUAGCGGACCAAGACACUAGGUUUGCAGAGAUUAAAACCUCCUUGUCUAAAGGAGAUACAGCAAACAAAUUAUAUUCUUUGAAGGAUGGAUCUUUGCUAUAUAAAGAAAGGUUGGUUCUGCCAACACAUUCUCGUUUAAUUAUCAGAGUGUUACAAUUAAUUUAUGACAGCUUGGUGAGGGGUCAUUCGGGGUUUCAAAAGACAUACCAUAGAAUUUCGCAACAAUUCUAUUGGCAAAGAAUGAAGAAAGAUAUAAAGGCAUAUAUCAACAAUUACCCUACUUGUUUACAGUGCAAAUCUUCUUCACUAUCUCCGACAGGACUUCUACAACCAUUUGCCUAUACCUACCCAAAUAUGAGAAGACUUUUCAAUGGAUUUUAUUGAAGCCUUACCCAAAUCAUAUGAAUCGAAUGCCAUAUUAGUAGUAGUGGAUAGAUUCAGCAAGAACAGUCAUUUCAUUGCCCUACAUCAUCCAUUCUCAGCCAAGGAGGUCGCUCAACUAUUCAUCAAGGAAAUCGUAUGA